AUAUGUCUGUGAUUUCAAGAAAGUACUAAUAUCAACAUAAAGCAGAAAGGGGAAUAGUAGCUUAAUAGCAUCACUCUCUUUCUUCACUAAUGGUUUUGGACAACUAUCAUUGCAUGCUAGCUUUCUGAGGAAGAAUCACAGCAGUGAUGUUACUGUCAUACAUCAAACAUUUGCGACCAUAUUGAGCAAACUAGCUGGAGAGUCUCAUUGAGUUUGGUGUAGGACACAAUCCCACGACCCACCACAUUCUCUCUCCUCCCUCCACCACCAGCAUAAAACCCCCCCUUCCAAAGCUCCAUGCAGCAAUGCACAAGGAAAGAAGUCAUAACAGUCCAUACCCUAUCUUCCUGAAGCGAAAAGAGGCAACUGAAACCAUGCAACACUUCACUUGUGCCAUUACCCUCCUCUUUCUUGUCCAAUUCAUUGUUGUAACUUCAGCUCAGCUGGCAGAAUCUCCAGCUCCAGCAGGCCCACCCAACAUCACAGCCGUUCUUGAGAAAGCAGGGGAGUUCGGAACCUUCAUCCGCCUGCUCAAAAGCACCCAUGUUGGCGACCAAAUAAACAACCAGCUGAACAACUCCGUCAACGGCAUCACCAUAUUUGCGCCCACCGAUAGUGCUUUCUCCAGCCUCCCCUCUGGCACAAUGAACUCCCUCACCGAUCAGCAACAGGUUGCGCUAAUCCAAUUCCAUGAACUGCCUUACAUCGUCUCGAUCUCUCAGUUCCAAACAAUAAGCAACCCUGUAAGAACACAGGCGGGUGAUGUUAACAAUGGUAGGUACCCAUUGAACGUGACAACCAUUGGAAACUCAGUGAACAUAACAACAGGAAUUGUCAAUACCUCCAUCGCCAGCACGGUAUACUCGGAUAGCCAGCUAGCUGUGUACAAGCUUGAUCAGGUACUCCUUCCUUUAGAAAUCUUUGGACCCCCAGCUCCUGCUGCUGCACCUGCACCGAACAAAUCAAAAAAGAAGGAAAGCUCCAUUGCUGAAAGCCCUUCAGGCACUUCAGAUUCUAGUGGAGCCACUGCUGCAGUGAACUUAAAAUGCACGUAUGAGGGAGGUAUUGUAUUUGCAGCUGCAGUUAUUUCCCUCUGGUGGAUCUAUUGAGUACUACUGCAUCUUCCCAAUAUUUUGAUGAUUUAAGCUGUUUAGGUAAAUGUGGAAGAUUGUACUUUUUUCUUUUAUAGUUUGGUGUCCCUUGCUUAUUUCUUUUCCCUUCUUUUCUUUUGCUUUAUCUUUGUCAUGGAUUUGAAUUUUUAUUUUACCAAAUAUCUUUAAUGUGGAUUGUAAUCUUGUGAUUCAUUUUAUUAUAUUUGACUUAAAACUAUAGGUAUAUAUGAAUCUGCUCAACCUAAGAAAUUCAACAAUGUAUGCCUAGAACUGUUAAACAAAGAUCAGGUUUUGAAGAA